AUGGCAUUGUGUGCUAGUUUUGAAGGGGAUGGUAAAGUGACAUUGAGAAACCAAGUGUCACCCGAUGUUUGUGUUGCGACAAGGCAUGGGCAUUUCGGUUUGGUCGUUGAGUUACCGCCACCUAUGCCGGUGAGGCAGAAGAAGAUUAGCAGAUGGAAAUUGGCUGUCGGAAGCUCGAUCGGAGCUGCAUUGGGUGCUUUCCUCUUGGGCUUGCUUUUGGUGACAAUGCUUGUUAAGGUAAAGAAGAAAGCGAGAAUGGAUGAGUUGGAGAGGAGAGCGUAUGAAGAAGAAGCUCUCCAGGUUUCCAUGGUUGGACAUACGAGAGCUCCAAUAGCAUCCGGUACUCGAACAACGCCUACAAUCGAACAUGACUACACACCUUUUGCUUCUUGA